AUGGCGGAGGGUCGGGAGUUUGAGUACCCGGCGACGAUGACGGACGACGAGAUAGCGAGGGUCGACGUCCUCGUCUCUGAGGUGGACCGACCAGUGCAGCCGCCGCUGCCCCAGUACGCCACCGGCAUCAUGCCGCCAAGCCUCAUGGAGGAAGAGGCCCUACGACGGGUGCUCGAGGACUCGGCCACGCAACCGGUGCAACCGACGCCUCCACCUCCGCCGUACAACCUGUGGGCGGCUCCACCUCCACCACCGGCGUGGGCUGCUCCACCUGCACCACCGAAGUGGGCUGCUCAACCUCCACCACUGGCGUGGGCUGCUCCACCACCACCGAAGUGGGCUCCUCAACCUCCACCACCAGCGUGGGCUGCUCAACAGCCACCACCGGUGUGGGCUGCUCCACCUCCACCACCGCCGGCGGCACCGGCGUAUGUUCCGCCGCUUGCCAACUGGCCGUGGCCGGUACCGGAGCUCGUCGUGAUCGACAACGACGACGAUGACCAGUAG